CUGGUAGUUGGUGUAGCAGGGUGUAGUGAGCAAUUAGCUAUAUUUAGCUAGCUUGCUAGAGAUACAAUUAACCUGAAUUUAUUUUAAGUACAUAGCUAGAAAGCCAUCACCAUGGAUGGUUGUGGGGAAGGCAGUGGGACCAACAGAAUGAUGAUGGAGAAGCUAUCCUUGGCCUGUGAUAGACUGCUAUCUCACCUGCAGCUUGCCUGCUGUCCCUCUCACUGUGCCUCGCCACUACAAGGCAAGGACCUGUUGAUACACAGUCUCCUGGACCCAGAGCUGAAGGCACUGCGACUGACUGGUCACCAUGGAGACAUCUCUGCCAUGGUGUUUGGGACAGGUAGAGACCCUCUCCUGCUCUGCUCUGCCUCUGCAGAUUAUGUCAUAGUCUGGGACAUCCGGCUUUGCUACAGGAGAACUAGGGAGGGGGUAGUUGCGUCUGGUACAGUUAUUGGGACCCUACUGGGCAAGGUAGUCCAUCUGUCAUUUUGUCCCUGUGAUGAACGAGUGGCUGCAUGCUCAGGGGACGAAGUAUACAUACUCAACUCCAAGAUAGAGGAUGUGUUGUCUGUGCUGGCUGGCCACCUGGGACCUUUGACAGCAGCUGAGUUCUGUCCAUGGAAUAAAGACAUCCUGGUGUCCAUAUCAGAAGACCGCACAUUUAAGGUUUGGGGAUUAAAAACGGAAGAGAUUCUCUACCAGUCUGCUAUAUUGUCAGCAUCUCCAUUACUCAGUGUGUUGUUCUUGGAGAAGAGCAGGCAGCUUGUCACUGGUUCUGCUGAUGGACAGGUGUGGAGCUUCACUCUUCCUGAGGACCACAGAUGUCAUUUGGUGACCAAAUUGGACCUUCACAAGGUGCAGCAACGACACCAAAGGCACCUGGACACAGUGGUCCCACAGACUGGUGGUGUAAUAGGAAUCACUCCAGACCCAGUAGAGACGGCAAAGCCAGUUCUCAGAAUAUGUGCUUAUCACAGGCGACUACCUGACAUUGAUCAUGGGCAGCAGAGCGAUAACAGCUGGGUGUGGAUGGGAAGCUCUGAUGGCCUGUACCUGGUUGACCUGGGCACCUCUGAGCUCCAAAUGACUCUACUUUUCAGAGAUCACCCCAACGUGAGCAUCACCAUGGCUGGAUCAUGGGCCAUGUCCCAAGGACUGGAUCACAGCAUGAUCUUUGUGGUGACCUCUCUAUUUGAGGCCCUGCUGUCUGUAUUGGAGGUGAGACUGCUGGGGUCAGGGUCCGUGGACGACCUCUGUCAGCACCUGGAGGGGAUCUCCGUCAUGCCCAGUGCCCCUCUGAUGGCUGAAUCUCCUCUCACCGCUGAGUUGAAAAAGAAGGAUCCUAAACCUCCCACAAAAACAGGCUCAGACAAAUGUGGUGUGAAGGAGCAGCCUCUAGUUUUCCACACACAGGUCAAGUCAUCAGGAUACACACAGUCUCCCCGAAUGACGAUGUUCUCACCCAAGACCAAUGUUCAGAAGAAGACCCCAGGACCUACAAAGACCAACAAGAAGAUAGGAUGUCUCUUUAGUGAUUACCCAGGAGACACUGCAGCACCCAGUGUCCCACACACUAACCUCAGUACAGUCAAAACCCCUACACCAGUUUGCUGCUUUCAAUACUCGGGAGAUGGAAAGCAGAUUCUGUGUGGUCUGGGAGACAGAUCUGUAUUGUUGUACAAGUCCUCCCUCACAGGCAGUCCAGCAGUUUACACAGGUCAUGACAAGCCAGUGAGCAGUGUGGACUGGAGUCACAGCAGACAGUGGUGGCUGAGUGCCUCAGAAGACAGAACCCUCCGCAUCUGGCCUACUGGAAGUCCUGAGCCUGCCGUUACCAUGGGGGGUGAUGAGAAGUUCUCCAAACCCAUCCGGGGGGCUCAGUUCUACUACCUGGAUAAGUUCCUGUUACUGGCAUCUGGUCCCUCACUACACCUCUACCUGUAUCACCUGGACAACACACGGGACGACAUUAAAAGGUACCAGCAGAGGAGUACCAUCAAACUGACAAGAUGUUUGGAGACAAAGUCAGGAACAGACAUCACUGCUGUGUCAGCCAUCAACGACUUCUACUCCUACAUAGUGCUGGUGUGUGGUGCUGACCGCUCCAUCCAGGUGUUGGACAUGAACACAGGGACAGUGGCCUCACAGCUCCCUGAUGCCCACAGCAGAGCUGUCCAUCACAUCACACAGAACAAGGGCUCUAUGUUCUGUAGCCAGACUUCAGACUCCUACAACCUCUUCCUGACCAGCGCAGUGACAGACGGAGUUAAGCUGUGGGACCUGAGGACAUUCAGGUGUGUGCGGCGGUACGAGAACCACUUGAACCGCUGUCAUCCCUGCACCGCAGCCUUUUCACCCUGUGGACGAUUCAUCGCUUCUGGCUCUGAAGACAACUGUGCCUAUGUGUAUGAUGUCCGCAGCAGCAGCUACCUCCACAAGCUCCAGAGACACUCAGACACCAUCCUCAACGUGACCUUUAACCCUGCUACACCUGAGCUGCUGACCGGGACUCUGGACGGGAGGCUGAGUCUGUUCCGCCCCGGCAAUGCCGCCAUUGGGGUCUCCCUGUCAUGACAACAGGGGCUGGUUCCCAUUGCGACAGGCAAGCUUAUUCAAGCAUUUGAAAGAAAGCAAAUGCUAUAUGAACCCAGGUCUGGACCUGAUGCUUGUUUAUUUACACCAUACUGUAAUUGGGACCAACGGGCCUCGUUGCUAGAGAGCUUCCUUUUAUCCCAUUGGCUGUGAUCUCACCAGUGGAUGCCAGGGAAUGGAAAGUUACAGCAGCAUUACUGAGACCCAGGGGCCACAGUGACAUCACCAUCUGACUGCACCGCUCAGCAGCCUGCGAGUCUGACACGCAGACGUUACUACAUACUAACACACCCAUCCACAUGUACAGAUGUAUUUACAUUAGAAUGCAGACACACAGACACACACAGACCUAGACAGAAAGAAAAGAUUGGUAUGUUCAGUACAGUACCAUCUUCACCUAUAUCCCAACAGUACAGUAGGUGAAGUUUGAAUAUUCAGGAUUAAACUGAUUUGAAUGCAUACAGAAUGCAUAACCGUUUUUGUGCUUCUUACUUUCCUUCUCUGUUCCACACUAGCAGUAGCUGUAAGUUGAUUUCUUCCAUAGUUCUGGCAACUAGGCCUACUGCUCAGAUAACAUAUUUCUCCCACCCUCUCCCUGUUGCUGAUGGUUUGAACAUACACUGGCGGGGGGGACACAACUCAAUAUUAGGAAGGUGUUCAUAAUGUUUGGUAUACUCAGUGUAUGGGGAAUGUACUGUCGUGUACUGUCUGGAUGGAACAAUAAUUAUGGUGGAGAAAGUCAGGGUACUGUAGACCAUAGGGCAUCCGCUAGUGUUCUUGGCCACUAAGAGGGAACCAAUAUGGCAUCUCAGUUUUUUUAUAGACUUUCUAAGGAAGCAGGCAAAAGAUCAAUAGUCGGGUCUCGGUUCCUGUCAAGCCAAGUUAGUUUAAGUAACUUGUAGGGAAAGGAGUAGUGGUGGUGGAACUCAACAUCGAUGUGAGGACAACAGUGGAAGAGGUAGGAAACAUCUGGGAAGGGGGCCAGAGGGGCCCACCUCAACGACACUCUAACUGUAGCAUUAUCUCCCACACACACGCACACACCCACAAAGGUUCUGGACUCAAGCUGGGCCACGACAAUCACAACGAAGAGGAACAGACCUAGGUUCUGCCCAGCAACAGAGACUGACUGAUUGUUUAUCUUAACAUACAAGGAGAGGAACACCUAGUCAAGGGGUGUAAAUAUAUCCUGUGUGACUUGUAUGAUAUGCUAUGCAGCUGCAGCAUCCAGUCUGGGUGGAAUAAAUCUAGUCUGAGCUUCCUUUGGUGUCCGAC